CAGCACGUAUGUACGGACCAGUUUAAAAAUGACAAGGAAUUUAUCUACGGGAAUCUCGAACACAACAGGCCAGUUUUGCUGUCUCUGUGCACGUCUAUAAGAAGUGGAGGAAGGGAUUCACUCCAUCAUCUGACUGACUGGCAUGCCUGUCAGUUUACACAGGGGAGAGGCUGUUCACCUUUUCAGACUGUGGGGAUUCAAGGUCAUCUCAUGAAGAUACAUGAGCAAGUUCACACUGGGACAAGGCCGUUCACCUUGUCCUGUGGCUGAGAAGGGAUUCAGUCGGUCUUCCCACCUGUGGACACAUCAGUCAGUUCACACUGGGCAGAGGCUGGCCAUCUGCUGAAUUUGUGGGAAAGGAUUCACUCGGUCAUCUGACCUAAUGGCUCACCAGCGGUUUCACACUGGGGAGCGGCCAUUCACCUGCUCAGUCUGUGGGAAGGGAUUCACUUGGUCAUCUAAACUGAAGGUACAUCAGCGAGUUCACACUGGGGAGAGGCCGUUCACCUGCUCAGACUGUGGGAAGGGAUUCACUUUAUCAUCCCAACUGAAGGUACAUCAGCGAGUUCACAGCGGGGAGAGGCCGUUCACCUGCUCAGUCUGUGGGAAGGGAUUCACUCAGUCAUCUCAACUGAAGGUAUAUCAGCGAGUUCACACCGGGGAGAGGCCGUUCAUCUGCUCAGUCUGUGGGAAGGGAUUCACUCAGUCAUCUCAACUGAAGGUACAUCAGCGAGUUCACAGCGGGGAGAGGCCGUUCACCUGCUCAGUCUGUGGGAAGGGAUUCACUUUGUCAUCUCAGCUACUGAGACACCAGUCAGUUCACACUGGAGAGAGGCCAUUCACCUGCUCAGAGUGUGGGAAAGGAUUCACUCAGUCAUCCACUCUAAUGGCACACUGGUCAGUUCACACUGGGGAGAGGCCGUUCACCUGCUCAGACUGUGGAAAAGGAUUCAUUAACUCAUCUCUACUGAAGGUACAUCAGCGAGUUCACACUGGGGAGAGGCCAUUCAACUGCUCGGACUGUGGGAAGGGAUUCAUUUCGUCAUCUCAGCUGAAAGUACAUCAGCGAGUUCACACUGGGGAGAGGCCAUUCACCUGCUCAGACUGUGGGAAGGGAUUCAUUUCGUCAGCUCAAGUUAAGGUACAUCAGCGAGUUCACACUGGGGAGAGACCGUUCACCUGCUCAGACUGUGGGAACGGGUUUAUUUUGUCAUCCCAACUGAAGGCACAUCAGAGAGUUCACACCGGGGAGAGGCCAUUCACCUGCUCAGACUGUGGGAAGGGAUUCACACGUUUAGCUCGUCUACUGACACACCAGUCAGUUCACUCUGGGGAGAAGCCAUUCACCUGCUCAGUCUGUGGGAAGGGAUUCACUCAACCAUCUCAACUGAAGGUUCAUCAGCGAGUUCACACUGGAGAGCGGCCCUUCACCUGCUCAGUCUGUGGGAAGGGAUUCACUUUGUCAUCUCAGCUACUGAGACACCAGUCAGUUCACACUGGGGAGAGGCCGUUCACCUGCUCCGAGUGUGGGAAAGGAUUCACUCAGUCAUCCACUCUAAUGGCACACUGGUCAGUUCACACUGGGGAGAGGCCGUUCACCUGCUCAGACUGUGGGAAAGGAUUCAUUAAGUCAUCUCUACUGAAGAUACAUCAGCGAGUUCACACAGGGGAGAGGCCAUUCACCUGCUCAGUCUGUGGGAAGGGAUUCAUUAAGUCAUCUCUACUGAAGGUACAUCAGCGAGUUCACACUGGGGAGAGGCCAUUCACCUGCUCAGAGUGUGGGAAAGGAUUCACUCAGUCAUCCCACCUACAAGCACACUGGUCAGUUCACAGUGGGGAGAGGCCAUUCACCUGCUUAGAGUGUGGGAAAGGAUUCACUCUGUUAUCUCAACUACAGAGACACCAGCGAGUUCACACUGGGUAGAGGCCGAUCACCUGCUCAGAAGAGAGCAGGAAGAGAUUCUCUCAGCCAAAUCAACCAAAUGUGCAUCAUUGAUUUCACACUGGGAAGAGGCCAUUCAUCUGCUGUGAAUGUGGUGAAGGAUUCAUUCAGUUAUCUAUCCUUAUGACACACUACCAGGUUCACACUGGGGAGAGGCCGUUCACCUGCUCUGAAUAUGGGAAGCGAUUCGCUCAGUCAUCUAACCUUAUGGAACUCUCGCUUCGGCUAGCAGCUUAAUGUAGGGGCUGAUAGCCCCCCAGCCCGGCCAAACGUAAGAAAUCUCAAUUAACAAACAGUACACAAUAUGUGAUUAAACGACUGAGCUUUAGAAUUCAUACGUUAACUGUAGGGUUAGUGAAGUAAACGAAAAAAAAAGAAAAAGGGCCCACUCUCUUCAUUCGCAUUUUCUCAUCUCUCCCCAGCAAAAGACCAUGAAAAUUUCUCUUCCAGACUCACACAGAAGAACAACAUUUCUGUCAUUGAAUAGCCCUGCAUUCCAAAACCCUGUUAUCUCUAGUCGUAACCUAAACAUUGCUGCUAGAGAGAAUCCAUUACCUCAGCAGUGAAACAUUGCAGAGAGGCCACUACAUUACCAGUGAAACCUUACAGCAUGUUACACUUGUGACACACUACCGGGUUCACACUGGGGAGAAAGUUUCAAUAAGCUGCGUGCUGGAUAUUUAUCCAUCACCUUUGCUAAAUGCAAUUUCGACAGUGACUGUCGGUGCUGAACUCUGCAAUUAUUGCUGCUGCUCACCACACCCAGUUCUGUACCCUGGUCACUGGGCAUGGGAGGAGUUUCUUCUGCUGCACAUUCACGUUUAAUGGGACUGGGGUUUAAUAUUCUGGAUCUGAGACA